AGGACUGGCUGUAAGAACUCGCUCCCCCUGGAGAAGACCCACCUAAGGAGACGAGAAGGGUGUAAGUGUGACAGGUGAGCCCCUCGCACACUCCCCCUCUUUUUGCACCAGCUCCAUACACUAUGUAAGCAGUGCUGAAAGGGGAGGUAGGUCACAUGUCCCAACAUCAAUGAACCAAGCAUGACUGCUUGAAAAGGGGAAUGUGGCUUAUGAUGUCACAGUUUUGUCUUUAUUAAGAGCUCACUGAGAAGGAAUCCAGUUCUCCUCAAACACAGCCAAAGGACACAGCUCCUUCCUGGAGUCCUGCGCGGCUGCAUCAUAUCGGUGCUGGGAUUACUACACACAGGACUCGAAGAGGAGCAGAGCAGAGGAUCCUUCUAUUUAUUCUGGAAAAAUAACAAAACGAAAAAGAAAAUUAUCCCGUCAAUAGGAAGUGCCGGAAAUAUUCCACCGGUCUUGGUUAUUCUCAGGAUGUUGCGGAGCCUCCUUCCACAUUGCAGUUUGGUGGUGUUCAUCUUGAGUUGUUCCUUCCCCGCUCACGGGAGACCGACGCACGGGCUCAACGGCAGAGUGCGCCGGGCAGUGUCGGAGCAUCAGCUUCUCCAUGAUAAAGGCCGAUCCCUCCAAGAACUCCGCCGCAGAAUAUUCCUACAGAGCCUCAUGGAAGGGGUGAACACGGCGGAGAUCCGCGCAGCGCCAGAUGAACUGCCCCGUCCCAUCCCCAGCGUCAAGAACUUUAACACAUUGAGACUGGUGGGCGAAGAGGAGGCGAUCACGAGUCACCUGACUCAGGAGACACACAAAUCCCUGAGCUUCAAGGACCCCCCACCUAAGAUUCCUGGCAAGAAGAAGAAGGGGAAACCAGGAAAGAGGAAGGAGCAGGAAAAGAGGAAGAGGAGAGAGCGGUCGGCGUUAGAAAGUCUGCAGGACCCGCCCGGAUCGGACCUCUGGUGGGAAGAGCUGGGUAUCAGCACGCAAUGAGAAUUCAACUGGAGCUUCCACUUCUAUUGAAGAGACAUUAUAAACAAAAAAAAUAAAAAUAAAAGAGAGCGGGGUGUGCAGCGGAAACAAAGAAAAAACAUUCUGGACUUGCACAUUUGUUAUGUAUUUAUUUCCUGUAAAUAUCUUAUGAUCAGAGAACCCCUCCCCCCAUCGUCCCGGACCCCAUGUGCGCUGUUCUCCCCCCGCCGUCUGUAAUACUGCACAGCCGCCCCCCCCCCCAUGCGGCCCCCCCUCCCCUUAUUUAUUGGUUGAAUUCUGUAUUUAUUGUGUUAUAGUUUUUUUUAUUCCUUGUGCUGCUGGCGUCCCGUUUCAUGUUGCACUUUACGUCCAGAACUCGCCAAGAUCUUAUGUGUUUUUUUUUUUAUUUUAUUUUAUUUUUUAUAUAUUGAAUUGAACAUAAUUAUUAUUAUUAUUAUUAUUUUUAUUAUUAUUUUAUUAUUUUUAAAAAAAUUUUUUUGUGCAUGUAUGAAA